GAGGGGGCUCUCGGUGCAGCUAGGCAUUUGUAGGACCGGAUCAGAGGGAGGAAGGGGACAGGCAAACAGGUCAAGAUGAGAUUCUCGGAAACAGCACCAGCAGCGCGUGAACACAGGCUGGGAUGGGGAGAGACAAACAAGAGGACCGAGGAUGAGACAGAAGGCUCCGGAGGUCUGCUGCAUCGCUCUAACAUGGAGGCGCAGUGACAGUAGCACACGUUAGAGGAGAUCGUUUCAUUGCAUCCUUGCAGCAUCAUCAUCCAUCCAAACCUGAGCGGAGAGGAGGAGGACAUGGGCUCCCAGGUUGUGCAGACCCUGCGUCAGGGAGUCUGGGCAUCUCUGACCGGGGGCUGGUACCACGACCCGGACCAGAACAAAUUCAACAACUCGUGCCACCUAUAUCUGUGGAUAUUUCUCCUGAUGCUUCCCUUGUCUCUGCAUCUGGCCCUGCCUCCUACCACCAUGGCUCUGAGCAUCUACUGCACCUCCAUCACUGUCUUCUUUGUCCUCAUCAAGCUGGCCAACUACCGGCUGCACCUGAUGUUUGACGAGGGUGAGGCGGUGGUCCGCAGCAGCCUCUCAGACCUCAGCAAGGCCCAGGAGAAGAAGAGCAAUGCCUCGGACUCCUGCCAGCCACCGAGCAUCAGAAGGAGCAGCACGCUCCCUGACAGCGUUGCUAUGACAACGCUGGCCCGCAAACGUCCCAGCCCGGUGAUCCAGGUGACGGUGAAGCAGACAGAAACCGACCCAGGCCUGAUCGGGGUGGACUACUCAAAGUCAGAGGAGGGGAAAUCUGCAGAAGGUGAUGGCCAUCUUUCUUUAGGACAGGGUGAGACUGCUGCAGAGGAGCACAACAUGGAGGGAGGGCCGCUGCCAAACCCUGAACUCUCCCCUGAUGACCUUUCUAGCCCCAAUCCGGAACAGGAUGCCCCACUACUGCGGGCCCAGCAGAGGUCCCCGUCACGACCUGAAAAGGAACAAGCCGAGGUGACUGAAACUGGAGCUGCUGUAGAAGAAGGAAGGGACGUUCAGAAAUCUGUGAUGGGAAAAGGUGGAGAUCAGUUGGAGGAGGAGAGGUCCCUGGAGAAAGACUUAAAGCAAGACACAAGAGAGGAGAAGGAGAGUGAGUAUAAAGAGGCUGCAGAUAGGGAGACAGUGGAUGAAGGGUUGCCCGCUUCAAAGGGAAGGGAAGAUGAGAGCGAGGAGGGCAGCGAGGGCCCAAAAGAGAACUCAGAUGCCAACAACAACUCACUGGAGACUCCAAAGGAUGACCUGGACGUGUUCAUAGACACUCCAGAGUCUCCCGCACAGGUUCCACUAGAAGAGGAGGAAGCUUAUUGUUCUGAUGAGAUUGAAGUGGUACUGGUUGACAACUCCAGCCCAGGUCUAGGGUCAGCCCGUCUAGACGACAGUGACACAGUGAAGAUCAUCAUCACCAUGAGCUGUGACCCUCAAAUGGCUGCUCAGCUAGAGGAGAGUGUCAAGCAGAGCCUGCUGGAGAAUGCACAGGCUCAGAAGGAUGCUGGAGAAUGUCACAUCAUGAUUCCUGUCAUCACCUUCGAUUCCCCUGAGGAGGAGUGGCAGCAGGAGCAGAUGGAGGGAGAGGAGGUGACUGGCUCGGAGGAUGAUCCCACACCCAGACAGCAGCAGCAGCAGUUCAUGAGGCAAAGCGAAGAGUUUCACUUAUGUAGAGAAACGAUCAGUUCUGAAUCCAACAUGCUGGAGUGCCCGGAUCUGGAGCAGGAGCAGCGUGGACUCCAGAUGAACGAAGACAUCGUGCCCAGCCCGCAGCUGACAAAUGACAACAGCUCGUCGGGCAUCGAUGUCCACUCCCACCCCGACGACACAGACCCUCUGGAGCCUACUGUGGAUUCACAAGGAUUCCUGUGUCUGCCUCCGAUGGUCGGCCGCUACGGGCCGGGUGGAAGGACCCAUAUCCGAGGUCUAAGCAUGGACAGCGGGAAAGAUGCCAUCCUCCUUUCAGACAGCUCUCAUAACGCAACCACAAUGACCAGCUCCAAAUCCGACCUGGAGGCGAAGGAAGGCCAGAUUCCCAAUGAGUCCAACUUUUUGGAGUUUGUUUCCUUGUUAGGUUACCUCAGUAUGAAAGGGGGAGCAGGGAGCACCCAGGAAGGGGAGGAGGAGAAAAACCAGAAAGUGGACCCUGAAGAAGAAGAAAAUCCAUGUGCAACUCCUGGACAAGAUCCAAUAACAACAGAAACCAGCAAUGAGAACAAAUCAGAGCGACCCACACCACCCACCAGUCUCCCAACUAACCCGCUGCAAGCUAUAAAACCUACGCAUAUCCCAAUAGUCUCUCCUGACAGUCCACAGACAGACAGAGAGAAAGAUCCGGACUAUGACUCCCUCCCAUCUCAAACAUCUCAGUCUGAGAGCUCCAUGCUGCAGGUCAUCUGCAGACCAGAGGCCACUAGUAAAGAAGAAGCCUACACCUUCCACACUGUGCACAGAGACAGACCUCGCAAGUUGUAUGCAGAGAGAGCCCUUAACCUACCACUGGGAGCAGAACUCAUAACAGGCAACAUGGGCGACCUGCUUUCGACUUCCUCCAACUCAGAGUGUCAGGACGCUGCAGCAGGAGGUCACGCCGACUGCCCUUUCCAGCGACGCAUCAUUCCCGCUCACAGACUACGGCCACGGAGGACACACCCAGAGAUCUUUCCGGAAGAGGACUCCUUGGACGAGUCUUCAGAGACGUCUACGCAGGAGAAGCCAACCAGAAAAGUUUAUUAUAAACUCCAGCUGUUGCCCGGAAAAUGGGUCAGCGUUUUGUACGAUCGUCUGACUCUGCUCGCGCUUUUGGACAGAAACCAGGAAUUUCUGGAGAAUCUUGCAGCAGUCUUCAUGGCCUUCCUGGUUUCCUUUCUGGGUUUUGUGCUUCUCAACCACGGAUGCUUCAAAGACUUUUGGGUCUUCCAGUUCUGCUUGGUCAUCGCCAGCUGCCAGUACUCUCUGCUGAAGAGCGUUCAGCCAGAUGCGGCGUCACCAACACAUGGUCACAACCAGCUGGUGGCUUACAGUCGCGCAGCCUACUUCUGUAUUUUCUGUGCUCUGAUUUGGCUGUUGGAGCAGCUGCUGCGGAGGAAGGACCUGCCCGUCUCCACUCUGUACGGAGUCACUAUUAUCUGCUACGACGUCCUGAGCUUCGUUCGGGAUGCUCUCGUUGGUUUUACCUACUGUUUCCCGUUCGCCUUCCUGCUGGGCCUUUUCCCACAGAUCAACACCUUUACCAUUUACCUGCUGGAGCAGAUUGACAUGCACUUCUUUGGUGGAACAGCUGCCACAAGUCUCAUCUCUGCGAUCUACAGCAUCCUCCGCAGUCUGGUUGCUCUGUUUCUGCUUUAUGGUUUCUGCUUUGGAGCUCUCAAGGAGCCGUGGGAUGAACAGCACACGCCGGCCCUGUUCUCUGGUUUCUGUGGCCUUUUGGUUGUGUUCUCUUAUCACCUCAGCCGACAGAGCAGCGACCCCUCUGUGCUGCUAUCUCUUAUAAAGUCAAAACUAAUGCCUGCACUUGUGGAGAGUGAAGAAGAGGAGGAGGAGGAUGCAGACAUCAAAGACCCGCUGCCUGAGAAGCUGCAGAGCUCCAUGAAGGAGAUUCUGUUAUCGGAUUUGGUCGUUUGCUCCAUCACCUACAUCCUAACCUUCGCCAUCACGGCGAGCACUGUGUUCCUCUCCCUGAAGCCCUUUGUGACCAUUGUGCUGUACGCUCUGGCGGGGACGGUCGGGUUCGUGACCCACUACCUAAUUCCUCAGCUGCGGAAGCAUCACCCUUGGUUGUGGAUCUCACAUCCGGUUCUCAAAACCAAAGAGUACUACCAGUUUGAGCCCAGAGAGGAUGCUGUGCUCAUGUGGUUUGAGCGUCUGUACGUGGGGCUUCUGUGCUUUGAGAAGUACCUGGUCUACCCUGCUAUCGUGCUGAGCGCCCUCACUAAUGAUGGCUUUGCCCUCAGUCACCGCAAGAAGCUGGGAAUCCACUGCGACGUUCUCCUGACGACAGUCGCUGGACUGAAACUCCUGCGAUCUUCCUUCUGUGAUCCCAGCUUCCAGUUCCUCACGCUUCUUUUCACACUUGUUUUUUUCCACUUUGACUGUCCGCACACCUCUGAGAGCUUCCUGCUGGACUUCUUCAUCAUGUCAAUCGUCUUCCACAAGAUGCGUGAGCUGCUGCUAAAACUCCACUUCAUCCUGGUUUACAUCGCUCCCUGGCAGAUCGCCUGGGGCAGCGCCUUCCAUGCCUUCGCUCAGCCUUUUGCCGUGCCUCACUCAGCCAUGCUGCUGCUGCAGACGCUCCUCACCACCGUCUUUUACACCCCGCUGGCUCCCUUCCUGGGCAGCGCCAUCUUCAUCUCGUCUUACCCGCGGCCCAUCAAGUUCUGGGAACGAAACUACAACACAAAGCGUAUUGACAACUCAAACAGUAGGCUGGUGUCCCAGGUGGACAAGGAGACAGGUUGCGAUGACAACAACCUGAACUCAAUUUUUUACGAGUACCUGACUCGCUCGCUGCAGCACUCAUUGUGUGGGGACCUCAUACUGGGCCGGUGGGGCAACUACAGCGCCGGGGACUGUUUCAUUCUGGCCUCCGACUACCUCAACGCCCUGGUCCACCUCAUCGAGAUCGGCAACGGCCUGGUCACUUUCCAGCUCAGGGGGCUGGAGUUCAGAGGUACCUACUGUCAGCAGCGGGAGGUGGAGGCCAUCACGGAGGGCGUGGAGGAGGACGAUGGCUGCUGCUGCUGCGAGCCGGGCCACUUGCCUCACAUGCUGUCCUGCAACGCCGCGUUCAACCUGCGCUGGCUGGCGUGGGAGGUGACGGCCACCAAGUACCUGCUGGAGGGCUACAGCAUCAGCGAGAACAACGCCGCCACCAUGCUGCAGGUGUACGACCUCCGAAAGCUGCUCAUCACCUACUACCUGAAAAGCAUCAUCUACUACCUGGUCCACUCCCCCAAACUGUGCACCUGGCUCAAAGACGCCGCCGUCCAGGAGGCGCUGCAGUCCUACACCAAGUGGCACCACAUCGAGCGGGACCCCCAGGUCUUCAGCGUGAAGAUCGAUGAAGACUACGUUCACUGUCUGCAGGGGGUGACGCGGGCCAGCUUCUGCAACGUCUACCUGGAGUGGAUCCAGCACUGCGCUGGGAAGAUGGAGACGCCUGUGGACAGCGAUGAAGACUCCCCUCUGGUGACCCUGUCUUACGCUCUCUCGGUGCUGGGGAGGAGAUCUCUCGGCACGGCGUCGCACAACAUGUCCAACAGCCUGGAGUCCUUUCUGUAUGGUUUCAACACCCUCUUCAAAGGAGACUUCCGCAUUGCCCCCAAAGACGAGUGGGUUUUCAUCGACCUGGACUUGCUUCAGAAGGUGGUGGCUCCUGCAGUCAGAAUGAGCCUCAAGUUGCAUCAGGAUCACUUCACAUGCCUAGAGGAGACAGAGGAGGCGUCCAUCCUGUACGAAGCCAUCACAAACUACCGCAGCAGCCUGGUCAUCUGCCACGAGAGUGACCCCGCCUGGCGCAAGGCCGUGCUCUCCAGCCGCGACACGCUGCUCACGCUGAGGCACAUGAUCGACGACGGCACGGAUGAGUACAAGAUCAUCAUGCUGUACAAGCGCCACCUCAGCUUCAAGGUCAUCAAGAUCAAUAAGGAGUGUGUGCGAGGUCUGUGGGCAGGCCAGCAGCAAGAGUUAGUGUUUCUACGGAAUCGCAACCCAGAGCGUGGCAGCAUCCAGAACUCCAAACAAGCACUGAGGAACAUGGUCAACUCAUCUUGCGACCAGCCACUGGGGUACCCCAUGUAUGUGUCACCUCUAACAACGUCAUUCGCAGGAACGCAUCGCACACUCCGCAACAUUGGAGGAGGGGCUCUAAGCUUGGAUGCCAUUCGUUCCUGGCUCUGCUCUAAAUGGCUACGAGUGCGUAAGGACAACCUGACCAGCUGCAACAGCGGUGUGAACAUGGAGGACGUGGACUGUGGCGCCGGCGGUUCGUCCUCACUGAGCCACAACCGGCCGUCCUCCGUCACGUCCAAUAGCCUGAGUCUCUACCAGCACAGAGCCCGGACGACGCACAGCCACAGACAUCACAACACGGGAAGGAGAGAAUACCGCAGUCGAUCUGUGCAGCCUCAGAGCCAGCGCCCUCCUGUAAGCAGCCAGUCAGGUCCCAUCCUGGACUCUGGCUCCGCCCACGGGUUGGUCCAGCGUCUGUCCAACAGUCAGCUGUCCUUUAACACUUCCAUAGCCUCUAUAUUCUCUCAGGUCCCUCGUCUGUCAGGAGCAGGAGGGAUCAGCUCGCAGCUUCAGGCAGCUCAACAUCAGCAGCGCUCCAGUCAGGUCUCUUCAUCUUCGUCUACACUCAGCCUUCUGUUCGGAAAGCGCAGCUUCUCCAGUGGCCUGGUCAUCUCCGGGCUGUCCGCUGCCGAAGGGGGCAACACCACCGACACACAGUCCUCGUCCAGCGUCAACAUCGCCGUUGGGCCUUCACACAGGUCCAGCAGCAGAGCGACACAGUGGACCUCAGAGCCAUACGAGAGUAUAGACGGAUCCGAUUCCAACGCUGCUGUGACAGUGAAAGAGAGCGCCCAGUCGAGCGAUCAAGGCUUCAGCCAGGCAUUGGACAAGACCCAAGAGGAAUCUGCAUCUGCCUCAACAGCUCCUGAGCCAACUGAUCAAAAGACUGUCUAAGAAGGAGUAGAGGAUGAACAGGAGAGAAAGCAGAAAGGACUGUAUGGAAAGCAACACACAUGCAUACAGAAGAUUGUACGCAAAAGAGAGCACCCAUGCACACAAACCUGCCUUCUCCCUUUAUCCUCAGCAUGUGGUCUCACUUUGUUGUUUGAAUGUAAAGUCUGGAAAAAGUGAUGUUUGUUCUGGGUGAUGAAAUAAAUACAUUUUUGAAUGAAA